AUGAUAAAGUUCAAAAAGGUAAGCUGGAUUAGUGGUCAUCCAGGAGGAGCAAAAAUAUUGGAGAAUGUAAUUGGAACUGAUAUUACUGAUGAUUUUUAUCGAAAGAAUACUAUUGAUGAAACAAUCAAGCACCGUUCUUUCUCUUCACCUUCAGUAAUAAAAUCAAACAAAAUAUCGGCAUUUGAUUCUGAUGUUAUUGCAGCAAUAGUUGACAAUUUUAAUAAAAAAUAUAUUAUUAAAUCUCUGUUAGCGAUUCACUCUCAUAGUUACAUUGCAACCAAGAAAAUGUCAAAAAUGAUAAUAGCAAAGUACAUUGAUCAUUAUCCCGACGACAAUAUUAAUAAUAUUAAAGAUCCAACAUUUCAUAAAUUUAAAUUUAGAAGAUUUAAACUAAUUGACAAAUCAACAAUAAAUAAUAAUAUCAAAUUCUCAAUCACCAAAUUUACGUUUGCCAGUAAUAAUCAUGGGAGAAGUGACGAUAUGGAUUUGGAUUAUUUGCCCGGACAUUAUAUUGAAAUUCAGGCAAAAAUUAAAGUAAAGAUUUAUCCAAAUGGUCUGAUGUCAAAACAUUUAAACAGCCUAUUAAUUGGAUUUGAAAUUCAAGCAAGAGAUCCAUUUGAAUUUGUACUAAAAUAUCAUUUUGAUGCAGAUAAUGAAAAUAAAUUAUCAAUGUAUUUAUUAUAUGCUAAUAAAUCUUUUGAUGGCCAAAUACUAAAUUUAAAAGAAUACUAUAUGGGACCACUUUAUGAAAAAUGCGUUUAUGAUGAUUCCAUAAUUGAUAACAUAUUAUCUGUUGUUCAUAUAUUUAAUAAGCUUUCUGAUUGUAGUGGAAAAGAAGAGAAAUCACAGCAGAUAAGAUCAGUAGCAAAAUUGAAAAAAAAAUUUAAAAAAUUGAUUCUCAAUAAUCAAUUACAAUCGCCUUUACUAGCAACGUUUCCAUCAAAUUUCUCUAAACAAUCAAGUUCCUUAUCAAAUAGAGUAACUAAUAAACUACCCACAGAAUUAAAUAUACUCAACUCCAAUUACAAUAAUAAUGAAUUACAAGAUCAAAUAGAAGAAGAUCAAAUUGUGGAGGAAGGGUUAAAUAAAUAUAUUAAAGAUUUGUUAAAUAAACCUAGUAAUAAAAUAUUUGUGUGUCGACCAACGCAAAUGAAUGAAAUUGGAGAUAUUUUGUCAAAUGAUAUGAAAUUUAAUAUAAACAAUGACUAUAUUUUGUUAAUAUGA